AUGCCGCUGCAGUCCUUCUCUACUGCGAGGCAGAGACCCAGGUUGCCGGCAUUGGAUGGGCCCCUCUCAGCCAGGGAGGCACGGCGAAGCGGGCGUGACACCUCGAGGCUGAGAGACACAACCGCUCCUAACUUGGACGCAGAUGCUACGGGUGGUCUGGAAGCGGGGUAUCCGGCCUUACCGCCAGCGCUCGGGGCCGCCCUGGGAGAUCCAGUGUCACUCCUGGCUUUGGAGGACUGGCACAAGACACACUCCGGCCUGCCGGAGGAGCAACAAGGCUAUGAGUCCAAGCUUUUGGCGUGCGAGGCUCGCUUCCGCAAGAUUGAGCGGCUCUCUGCACGGCUCAACUUGCCCAACAGCGUUGUGACAGCCGUUGCUGCGGACUUGCUGCGAGAUGUGGUGGAUACACUGCCCGGUCCCAUCCAGAAGAUGGCCGGGAGCAUUCUGCGGCAGGUGGAAAAGUCGAUCUACAGCGAUGAGCCCACCAGCCCGGCGGAGAGACAGCAGUUGGCCGAAGUGCUCGGGGGCGGCCCCGGGGGUGGCCGGCCUGGGCGCGAGGACCUCAGCGAGCGGCAACCCUGGUUUGCCGUCGUCCGGCGACAGCAGGUGGCCUUGGAGCGUAUGGAGGAGCAUGUCGCCGACAUGCAGGAGGUCGUCGAUCUCCACCUGGCGAGGAGGAAGAGCGUGCUUGACUUCAUUGUACGAUUGCAGGGUCAGGAGCGGCUCAUUCUUCAGCAGUGGCUCUUCAACUUCUGGGUCUUCACGUACCGGGAACGAAAGGCCCGCAUGGAGAAGAUGUCCACUUCCGUGUUGGCAGUGCCGGACGACCUGGUCACACCGUUCCUGAGCUGGCGACUCUACUUGUCGCAGCAACGCCUGGUGCGGGCGCGUGCCAAGUGUGCCGAGGUGGACAAGGAGGCCUCGCAGCUGGCAAACAAAAUCACCGAGGUCGAGGUGGAAAACCACGAGCAGCAACGGUUGCUGGAGGAAUCCUUGGCGGCCGGUGCUGAGCUCAAAGAGAAGUGCAUGGUCGAGCAGCAGGAGCUCUCCCGGCUCAAGCAGGUCUGGGCAGACACGCAGCCAGAAUUGCUGCUGAAAGUCCUGGCCCAGACCUUGGAGGUUUUCUUCGGCUUGGUGGUGCGGCAAGCGGGCUUGAAGAGCCUGGAGGUUCGCCAUCGGCUGGCCAGAAAGGACAUCCGACCCUUGUUCGACGAGGAUGGGAGCGUCGACACGGAGGCCAUCCUGAUCAGGUGGAUCAACCUCAGUUUGGACAAGGCGCGGCGAUACUGCGAAGACUGGCUAGACAAUCUCGCGCAUGUAGAGAACCAAGACGGAGUCAUCAUGAUCGCGCAGCAGGAGGACAUCGAUAAUCUUGAGCACGACUUGUCGGAUGGGGUCGCACUCACUGCGCUCUAUGCGAUGAUCAAGGCAGAGCGCGACCAGAGGAAGUUCUCUGAAAAGGACUUGAUGGCUCUGUCUGAGCCGGACAAAGAAUUGCGAACCAUUCAGCUCUGCCACUGCUUCAUGGAGGUAGCUCCGACAGAAAGGGCGAAAUGCCUGCUGGUUCCUCAUGAGAUAAUGCAAGGCUCCUCGGACAAGCUUCAGACUUUCUUGGCCGCGAUAUUUUUGGAUUUUCCGAUGCUUCAGGACGCGUUUGUCUCCGGCAGUGCUGCUGAGGCUCUGUACGAAAGGCUCUGCAAAGUUCUGGACUACAUGGAGGCCUUUGCUGGGCGCGCUGGCUAUGAGCCACUGGCGGACCCCACGCCUUUGCUCCAUGCCGGCGAGGAGACUCAGGCCCUGGCGACCAUUUCUGUGCAGCAGAUCCUUUUGAGGUGGAUAAACGCGCAGCUGAGUAUGGAAAAUCCUCAGCACAGGCCUGUCGAAAACUUCGGCUCGGAUUUGCAGGAUGGCAUUGCUUUGUCCAAGCUCCUGACCAUCAUCGCGCCGGAAGCCUGUCCGGUGCUCUUCUCAGAGAACCGGGAGGAGCGCCUCGACCAGGUCAUCGCCGCGGCCACUCGGUGUGGAGACGGCACCGAGGUUUUGACGGUGAAUGCAGUGGUGGAGGGGCAAUCGGACAUGCUCGCAUGCUUCGUUGCAGCUUUGCUGCUGGUCCGCCCAAACCUGUCAGCGCUGCCUGACUCGCUCUUGGCGAUGCAUCUCAUGAAGCUUGAAGAAGUCUGUGGUGAAGGCUUUGCAGCAGUGUCGAUCGACAAUCCCUCGGAGACCAUGAAGUUUUGCUUGGAGCUGGACGGUUGCUGGCAGGAGUUCCGGCUUGCGGCGCAGGCGGUGCAAGAGGCCUCCAAGACCAUGUCGAGCAUCUUGGAGCGUGUGCAUGCGUUCUUGGGCGAGACCCUUUCACACAGAGCUCGAGGUCAGCCGAAGACCAUGUUGGAUGCGAAGGAAUUGAGGGAGUUCCACCUUUACACGCAGGUGAAUGCCGACCGGCUCUCGCAAACGCUGGGCAAAGAGGCUGGCAAGGAGGCCGGGAAGGAGGAGAAGCUGGAGCCGGCGGUCUUUGUGAAGCUGGAGGAACAGCUCCGACGGCACUUCCGGCUGCUUCGGGACAUUUACAAGCACUACAGCAGCUCGAGCCCGUCGGGGGCCCAUGGUGUGGCCCUGGAAGGCUUGCUGAAACUCUUCCAGGAGUGCAAGCUCCGAUCCAAAGAGCUCGCUCCUCACCACCUGGAGGUGAUUUUUAAUGAUCACCUGGAAGACAAGAGCAAGACAGGUGAAGACCGCCUUCUGGCCUCGCAUGAAUUUGUGGAGGUGCUGGUCCAAUGUGCAAACAAGAAGUUCCGCAGUGCUUGUGCUUCUCCAGACAACUUGGCGGAGCAGAUGCUGCUCCUCAUUGACCUUCACCUUCGCCCCAAUGCUUGCAAUGAUGCCGAAAGCAUGUUCCAGAAGAUGGCAUACAGUCCGGAGGUGCGCCAAGUUCUUGACCAACAUUCACGAGAACUGAAGGAUAUUUUCCAGCUUUAUGCCACCCUGGACAUGUCGACGACUGAUGCCAUGCAACGUGCCAGCACGAUGAACAUUACUGAAUUCCAGAUGUUGCUGGAUGACACAGGCUUCUUGGAUGAGGCGCUGACGGAGGUCGCAGUGCAGCAGAUUUUCCAAGGCAUCCAGCAAGAUGCAACGGCUGCUGACGACGAGGAAAAUGCCGGGGAGCCCGAAGACGGGGCAGGCCUGGACGACGACGACGAGAUGUCCUUCUCGGAGUUCUUAGACGGUCUUGUUGCAGUCGCUGCAUACAAGUAUCCGGAUCCGUUCAUUCCACUCAGCUCGCGCAUAAACACGUUCUUGCUGCAGCUCUUCGUUGCUUUGCGAAAGCAUUGGAGUCGAAAGCGUGGUGCGCCACAAGUCGAUGCAAUGCUGAAUGCAUUGCAGAAGAAGAUGAGGUAA